GCUACUGCUACUACUACUGCUCGUACUAGAGUCCUACUGCUUCAUAGCUCAAGCUAGCUAUGGCGCCCGCAAGCUCAACCACACCCUCGCUGCGCAAAGCUGAAGCGGAACCGCUCUUGCGACGCGACACGCACUGGUCCUUGCUCGAGCGCAUCUUCUCUAAUGACCAAGCCGUCUUUCGCUUGAAUGCCAAAUCAGAGAAACGCGUGACAUUCGGUGAACUCUACUACCUCGACUGGCUCAGCUCAUCAAAGCUAUCCAAGACACUCAAGGAGAAAUUCAUUGCUGAUAAGCAAGCGACGCUGAAAGUAUGCAUGGCUGCAUUACUUGUCAAUGUCGGUCGUAUCAACACAACGCUGGUUUUCACACCCACGCAAUCGCGUACAUUCAAUUGCUUACCUUGUGUGCAAGCGUAUGAACCUGGUGGUAAGCUGCUUCAAGAUGCACCACGCCUCAAGUCACUCCUGAAAGGCUCCUGUGAAGGUCCCCGUGCACCACCGACGUGGGAGGCACUCAAAGCCUUACAAGCAUCAGCAAGUCCAAAGCCCCUCACCAACCCCAUCAACCUCAUCUUCCUCAUGACAACACCUGAAGCAACCUCCGUCAAAGCAGAACACUUUAGUGAUUCCGAUUUGGAAUUCUACCAUCUCUUCUCAAAAAGUGACCUGACCACCGAUUCUCGUGCUCGUGCGUUUUUAUGGCUAUGCUAUCAUUACAUUGAGACAAACGGUACACUAGAAGAAGCACUCACGAAUCCAUUCGGUCAGCCUGAAGCUGGCUUAUUGGUGCCAACGCUGGUACCGUGUGACGAAGGUGCAAUUGCUGCCGAGAAUAUCGAUACACCGGAAGAACUCGAGUAUGCUGAAUUUGCAGUCCGACAGCGUCGUCUGUAUCUGGAGAAUGCCGUGCUCAAGGUUGAGCAGAGCAAGCAAGAUGCCGCUUCGAAAGAAACGGCCAAGGAUGGUGAGAUACCAGUAGAAGAGCAAGCCGCGAGUGAAGAUAUCAAAGUUGAGGGCGAAGAAACGCCAGCUGCAGAGAAACUCAAGACAUUGGAAAAUACACCCCUUGACAAACUCAAAAAGGCAUCACGACCGCCCACGAAACGACCCAAUCGAUCAAAAGCAUCACCAAGGACGCCUGUUGUGUUGGGUGAAGAUGGUCAGCCCAUUGCAGAGCCAACGCGUCGCUCAUCACGCAAAGUGAAGCGCAAGACGUAUGACUCAAUGGGAUCCUCAGAGGGUGAGGGUGAAGGAGGUGAGGAACGUCGACAAAAACGCAGUCAGCAUGAUGGUGAUCGAGCAGUGGGUCCUGCAGCGCAAGCAGCACAGGAAGAGUGGGCCAAGAAAGUCGCUACACGCCAACAACAGAUGUUGUCGCAUGCGCUACGACGCAAGCACAAAUAUCACCUGCAUAAACGACAAAAACAGUCUGCCAUCCAGCGCGAAUUUGCUGCAAUGCAAAACUUCGAGGGCGGUACCUUUCUCGGUGCAGAUGACAUGGAGGCGCUAUUUGAGCCGCUGGAUGAUUUUGAUACAUUGCUGCAAUAUCAAGUUCAGCACAAUCACGUCAAUAGCGCCAAUGGCGGUGGUGACGUUGGUAUGACGACCGGUCAUGUCGUUGCAAACCUCAUGACACCCAUUGCUGCUGCAAAUGGCGCAUUGGCUGCUGAGCAAAAUCCCAGCAUGAUUUCAGGCCCUGUGAAGCGUGAUUUGCAGCAAGCGACAGCAUUUGCCUGGCGCGAGGAUUGGGGAGAGGAGGCCGGUCGUUUGGGUAGGGCACUUCAGUAUGCACUGGGGAAAGUGAAUGGUGCGUAUGGCGCUGCGAGCAAGUCUGAGCAGCAAACAGACGCGACUAUGCCGCCGUCAUUCAAGAUACGUCUCAAGUUUUGA